UCCGUUUUCUUUGCCCACUGGCAUGUGUGACACCUAACUCCUCAUGAAUCAUUCAGCCUGGGAGAGAAAGUGCUUCCUAUUUCCCUGAGAACCAUCUCAGACCACAGUACUCAACAUUGCAAGAUGAUGUACGAAACUAUCAACUGUUACUGGCCAGUCCUUCUCUGGUGGUUGUCCAGCCCAACAAUGAGAAUUGUUUUUGGGCUGAAUGCAACACAAAUACAUCAGCGCCAGCCUCCUUGUCAGCCAGGGCACUACUGUCCUGAAGGCACUGGAACUGCAGUGCCAUGCCCCAGAGGAAUGUUUACACCAAGUUAUUGGGCUAGAGAUAUCAACGACUGUAUCAGCUGCCCUUCACAUCAUUAUGCUCCUACAGAGGGUCUGCCUGCCUGUCUGCCCUGUGGCUCCCACGCACAACAGCCUCUACCUGGGCAGGAUAAAUGUGUAUGUCUAGGAGAGGGCCAAGUCUUCCAGGCCAGUGAUGGGCAGUGCCACUGUGCUUUGGGGUACCACUCUACACAAAGAGGGGAUGCCUGUGAGCUAAAGAUAUAUGAGAUCUGCAAACAUGGACAAGCACGGAACCAAUAUGGCAAGUGUCUGGAUCACAGGCAGUGGAAAGACUUUUGUUCUUAUGAGGUGUGUGCAUCUCCACAGCUGUUUGAAGGCUAUGAUGCCUCUUUGGGUCUGUGUGCCUGCAAAAGUCUGAGUGAUUCAGGAAGAAGUGAGUGCUCAGGAUGGUGUGGAGAUAAAAGAACACCUGUGUUGCAGUUGCUAUGCAGUUCUGCUGCACUUCAGCUUCUUUACACUGAAACAGACAGACAGGUAAGUGCAUCAGGAAGUGCACUUUUAUCUGUCCUCAAACAUUGGGAGUCCAGAGCAAGGCUGAGGUGUGAGCGACAUCACGGGUUCUCCAGGCCUGUGUACACAAUACAGACAAGAGAAAGUGGUUUCUACGGGUUCGUCAACACUAUCCCAGCAGACGUACGGAUGCUGGUCUUGGAAGUUGGUCAAGUGACCAACAGCUUAGCUGAGAUCUUGAACAGACAGAGCAUGGGAAACCAUACAUACAUGGAUACAGAAUCCUUUUGGUCAAUGGGUUCCGCUCCAAGAAAAGCCAGGAAUAGGGAUGCUACUCAAGUGAUGAACCCAAUAGCAUGCUUGCAUCUGGAGGAUAUUAUUUUAUUCUCUGUGACCAGGCACCACUAUCCACAGUAUGACAUAGAUAACUUAUUCAACACAAAUGCUGCUUUCGACUGGGGAGUGUUUAGAAUAUUAAAGCAGGAGCUAGCUAUGGCACGAUCAACAAACUUCUUCUUUUCUGUUAGCUUCAGUGAGCCUGGUGUGUAUGUCCUCAAGCUGAGUAGCAAUCAACACAAGCAUAUGUAUGUAAAGGUUUUGCCUGCUGGAGGAGAUUGCUAUGACAUCGGACCGUUUUUUCCUGCUGAUCCACAUCACAUGAUUCGAAUGGGGAUAGCCCUUCAACGCCAGCUCCUGCUGAGACCUGAUUGGUGGGUGAUUGGAGGACUCUUGGCUGGAGCUACAGUUGUGCUCUGCAUGUGUCUUGUAGUACUGAUCUUGUUCAGGGAGUACGGUUGGCCAGAAAAGCAGCAUUCUCAGGCCAGGUAUCGGGAGCUACAGCUCAAGUACAACAUGGAUGACUAUUCAUCGAAAGGUUCCAGGGUCAUAGCACUGAAAAAGACACACCGAAGCCUACAGAUAGGAAUGACUGAGGACCCAGUACUCAGAGCUAUGGCUGAAACUUCAGAUGAGUUCUGGGACUACGAGGAGCAGGUAAACCUGGAAGCUUUCAGUUCCGGUACAUUCUAUGACAUCUUGCUGAAGCACAGUGUGUCUGUCACAACCCGGCUUGGGCAGCUCAAGGAAGAGGUGAAGCAGCUUUAUCAAGGGGUGCUGGAAAAGGUGCAGGGGCUUCAACCUGGCUGGGGGGCAGUGGUGGUUGGAAGCAAGCUGGAGUGCUUGCAGAAGCAAGUGGAGCAAGAGAUAGCACGCAGAAAAGCUCUGGGCACUCAGCUUUCCCAACUGCUGGACAGCCAACUUCAGAUCUUGCGGAAUGAGUCCCAGUCCCAGCAAGCCAUGCACAAGACUUUCUCAGCACUACUCAGAGAAUGCUUUUGGUUGAUGAAGAUGUUUUCUGACAACCAGGCUUCUCUCUGGAACAAACACAUACAACAAUGUGUUAUGGACAGAGUGAAUGUGCUGGCUGAGGAGAUGACUGAGCUGGUCUCGGAGGAGGCUCAAAGGCAGGGUUGCUGGGUCGUGCUCAAACAGGCGACUGGAGCACGCCUAUUGUGUCCCACUUCUGGAUCGGUUCUCACCAGGGAUGACAUUAUCGCACCUGAUGGAUCUGUCAGAGCUUGCGAUACUGUCCGCGUGGACCCCUGCACAGGCCUCAUCCAUCCAGUCCCGAAUGCUCACAUGCUCCUAGCUAGUGGCCACAGCAUGCCUGUGCCGUCUGAUUUUUUCCUGCAUCCUCAGACUGGCCGGGUACUCCCUGUGGCUGGGAAUGUAGGGUUUGACCCCUCCAGCUCCACCCUUGUCUACACAGCCGAUGCUUAUGUGGGUCCAGUUGGAAAAUGGGAGUCUCCAGUGUUUCCCUUUAUUCCCUACCCUUCAACUCAUCAUUCAGAGCUGCUAGGACCAUCCAAAUUGAGAAGCCUCCAGACAGGCCAGAAGCUUGUGUUUGGGGGAUCCAUGGGUGACUAUGAAACUGGCAUACUUGUCCCAAUCCUGGCAGUCACCAUUCACCCCCAAACAGGAAUGAUGUACCCGGUUGGUGGUGUUUAUAAGUGCCCUGUGACACGACUCUGGCGGCCCAUUCAGAUCGGUUGUCCAAUGUUGGAUCCUCGUACAGGCAAUGUGGUGCUCACCACAGGUGUUAGCCUGGACUCACAUACAGGUACAGUGCUUCCAGUAGGAGGUCUUCUCCUGGGUGAAUCCUUCAUUGAGCCCCUGAGUGGCAGGCUGGUGCGUGUUGGUGGAGGGAGCAUCCGGGGCGGAAAAGUGGUACCACAUGCAGGGGGUUUCCAGGCUCUAGUGGAUAGCCAAACUCUUGGUGCACGGGUGCGGGUGGUGGAGCUGAUACGGACCUACUGUGAUGAAUGGAAAUCUGGGAGUAUGGAGCUUCACAAUGAGAUUAGCAGAGUGAAGAUAGCUGCAUCAGAAUUGGAACAGGCAUGGAGGAACAGUCAGCACUGCAUGCUUCAGAUAAUAAGCUGUCUGGAGGCUCAACAGGAGUGGGCCUGGUGGGUGGCUGAAGAUGGGGGCUGUCUAGGUAAGAUCAGUCCCCCCGGCAGUGACUUAUCGCUGCCGGCUCUACCAGGAAUGGAAUAUCCAGACCCUGGAGGUUCUGGCUUAUCAGUUCCUGUUCUCGGAGAAGAGCUGGAUUGGAUGUCAGGGUGUAUGGUGCCUCUUGCUGGAACCAUGGAAGAUGCAGAUGGCAAGGGUCUAUAGAUAGAAUGAUGUGACCUGCAUUCUCAUCAUGAACACAAAUGCGUCCAGGCCUGGUUCCUAUCUGCUUUGG